AUGCUCAAAUGGGCAGUAGAGCUGAGUGCUUUCGACAUCGACUAUCGACCUCGGCCGGCCAUCAAGGCGCAGGCUCUUGCCGACUUCAUCGUGGAGGGUACCCUACCAGAGGAAGCAGACGAAGGGAUUUCCCAGACUUGGACUCUCUCUGGCCCCGAUGGCCAGGCUUGGCCGUAUGCCCUCCACUUCGAGUUCAAUGCCUCUAACAAUGAGGCCGAGUAUGAGGCGCUCAUUGCCGGGCUCAGACUAGCGGAACAGAUGGGAGUCAGGGAUCUGGAGGUAUAUUCUGACUCGAAUUUAAUUGUGCAGCAGGUCACAGGGGAGUUCAAGGCCCGAAAGGACGUCAUGGCCCAAUACUUGGCGAUAGCCAAGGAUCUUAUGGCACGAUUUCAGACAGUGAAAAUCAAUCAUGUCCCACGGGCACAGAAUGCAGUGCCGGAUGCUCUCUCGAGGAUAGCUGCUUCUUUAUUCCCUAGGAAUUCCCGAGCUGUUUACAUGGAGUCGUUGCCCCAGAGGAGCAUAGAGACUGAGGCAGAGCAGCUUUGCGUGGAAGGGGUUGAAAGUUGGAUGGAUCCCAUCGUAGCACAUCUGACCAAGGGAUGGCUACCCAAGGAGGAACAGGAAAGUCGAAAACUCAAGCACCAGGCUGCCAAGUUUCUACUGGUGGGAUCAGACCUUUAUAAGAAAUCCUUCACUCAGCCGCUGCUGAAGUGUGUGGGACCGGUCGAGGCCGACUACAUCCUAAGGGAAAUCCACGAAGGGAUUUGCGGCAGUCACAUCGGAGCUCGGUCUCUCUCCCAGAAGGCACUUCGGCAGGGGUAUUACUGGCUGACAAUGAUGAGCGACGCUGGGCAUUUGGUCCAGACUUAUGAGAGAUGCCAAAAAACUUCCAACCUGGUUCACACCCCGGUAGCUGAACUCACCCACCUGGCUUCGCCUUGUCCGUUUUCCAGGUGGGGAGUCGAUAUCCUCGAGCCUUUUCCACUAGCGGCUGGACAUAACAAAUACUUGAUAGCAGCCAUCGACUACUUCACUAAGUGGGUGGAGGCCGAGCCUGUGGCGACUAUUACAGGCUGGAGGGUAAAACAAUUCCUUUGGAAAUCCAUCGUCUGCCGGUUUGGUAUUCCAAGGGUGCUAAUAACUGACAAUGGCACCUAA